AUACACAGUUCCGUACGUUACAUUGAAAUGUCACGCACACAUCUGCAAAGUGUCGACGAUGAAACAUUUCAGGGACUCAGACUGAAGACAUUGAAAUUGAUAGAUAACGAAUUGCAGGACAUUUCGGAACGCAGCUUCAGCACAAUGACGCAUUCGCUCAUGACGCUGGACAUAUCUGGCAACAAAAUGCAACACAUACCGUUGGAGGCAUUGCAGAAAUUGCAUUCGCUAACCCGGCUUGUGGCGCAAAGGAAUCACAUCACUUCGCUCGAAGGCAAUUGGGAAGCUCUCUUCGACACAUUGCGCUCUCUACACCUUUCGGGCAACGACAUCACCGAAGUGUCACCCUUCGGUCUGCAUGAAAAUGGUAAUGGCGUGAAUGGUGGCGGUAGUGGUCAUCCCUCCAGCUUGGCGGCGAUCACGCGACAUGAUGAGCUGGCCACCACAAAGAGCGGCCACAAUAACGCGCUGAACACGCUGACUGGACUGAGUGGAUCUGCGGGCCACAUACCAAGCACGAGCAAUCACAUUGCGCCCAGCAAACCAUUUAGUCGCCUUCAAAAGCUACUCUGGCUAGAUAUCUCCAAUAACCGCAUCUAUCAUAUAGCGCCCAACUUCCUGCCACGCUCAUUGGUCACCAUCGAUCUAUCGAGUAACCUGCUCACCGUUUUUCCACAACAACUCUUCGAGCAUCUACACGGGCUACGUAUCGUAUCGCUACGUGACAAUUUACUGCGCAGCGUGCAAACGAAAGAGCUGCGGUUGGUGCGCAUGCGACUAGAAAAACUCGACAUGGGCAUGAAUUUGGUAGAGAUGCUGGAAUCAGAUUGGUUUCAAAACAACUACUCAGAUGUGCAUGUGCGCGCGCUCAAUCUGGAGAAGAACUAUAUACGCCAGCUACCACCGGCCGUGUUCAAGGGUACUGGCAUUGUGCAUUUGGUUUUGGCUUUCAAUGCCAUCGAACGCAUACAUGUCAAUGCCUUUGAAGGUAUAACUGAGACGUUGGAGUAUUUGGAUCUGGAGCGUAAUGAGCUAAAUGCGGUGCCGGGGGCGAUUAGUACGCUGCACAAGCUGAAGUAUUUGUAUUUAGCCUCGAAUAAUAUUUGUCAGCUAACCAAUUUGCCGGAGAAUACGGAGAAUCUGCGCGUGCUCAGCUUGAGCGGCAAUAAUUUCACGAUGAUUCCGGUUUUGGCGUUGCGCAACUAUACACAGCUCUCAUAUCUCAAUAUGGGCUACAAUCUGAUAUCGGAUAUACCGGAGGGCAUUUUUGCGGUGGAUAAUUGGGGUGCGAACUUGCAGACGAUAUUGUUGCGUAACAACAAAAUCACGCACUUGCAUUUGGGCUCCUUCUAUGGGUUGGAGCAAAUACAGGAGAUCAGCUUGAGCUUCAAUGACAUCAACAUACAUCACCCUAUGGUUUUCGAGAAUGUUUCGCGCACGCUGAAAAUACUUGAACUCUCAUUUGCGGUCUUCCCGGCACGCAUUUUGGAGUCAAUCGAUCCACUCGAUGCGCUAGUGCCGCUCUCACAACUAAUGUGGCUCGGUUUGGACAAUAAUAACCUGAAGAUGCUGUCGAAUGAAUCUUUUGCGAAUAUGCGCGAACUGAGCUACAUCAAUUUGGCAUUCAAUCAAGUUAAGCAGCUGCCGCGUGGACUCUUUCUACCCGACGUACACAGCCACUUGGUGGAAAUCGAUCUCUCGUACAAUGCCUUGGAGGUCAUUGCACGUCAUACCUUUUACAAUUUAGGCGACCUGCAAACGCUUAACUUGCAAUCGAACAAGUUGAAAUUGUUGGAGCGGCAUAGCUUCUACAAUUUGGAAUUUCUGCGCUACAUCGAUUUGUCCUACAACCAAUUGGCCAACAUCUCACAUGGCGCCUUCACCAUACUACCCAACCUCGCUGCCUUGGACUUGAUGCACAACCACCUGUGCACGCUCUCGCUAAAAAUGUUCCACUUUGUCUCCAACACCAGCACACCGCUGCGGCUGAAUGUCACCUACAACCAGAUUUCACACUUCGAGGACGAACUCAGCUCGUACAUGUACAUCUAUAACCUGGAUAUCAGUCACAAUGCGAUCAGCAAGACCGAAAGCUUCGCUAAUCUCGCUAAUACGCUACGCUUCCUGAACUUGGCGAACAACAACAUUGGUGGUCUCGCCAACCAUGCAUUCGGCGACUUGGAAUUUCUCGAGAUACUCAACCUCGCACAUAAUAAUAUCACUUCGCUGCGGCGUCGUAGUUUUCAGGGUCUAAAUAGUUUGCAGGAGUUGGAUCUCUGCUAUAAUGGACUCGAACAGCUGCAAGUGGAACAGUUCUCGAAUCUGCGCAAGUUACGCAUACUACGCGUACGUGGCAAUCGUCUGCGUGCGCUUCCGCGUGAGGUAUUCAUGAAUACGCGCCUCGAAUACUUGGACAUCUCCGAGAAUCAGCUGUCAGUGUGGCCGGUGCCUGCCUUCUCAGACGUCGGUUUUACGCUACGCAGCAUACAGAUGGCACAAAAUACGCUCGAGUAUCUCGACUCCAGUAUGUUUGUUAAUUCGCAGUUUCUCUACGACAUCAACUUGGCGUGCAAUCGCAUCACUGUACUGCCCGACAACACCUUCACUUUUCUCAACAAUCUUACCAACUUGGAAUUGUCGCAAAACCCGUUGGUUACCACCAAUCUGAAAGAGGUGUUCUUGCACACGCCACGGCUGCGACGCCUGAAAAUACGGCGCAUGGGUCUUUAUGUGCUGCCACAGCUCAGUCUGCCCUAUCUCUCGCACCUCGAUGUGAGCGGCAAUUACUUGCAGGAGCUCUCCUCGCUUCACGAGAUGCGUCAGCUGCGUCACGUGAAUGUGUCACAUAAUAAAAUCGUCAAUGCCAGCAACGUUGCCGAACACCUACCCACAUCUGUGCGUGUACUAGACCUGGCGCACAACCCACUGCGACGCAUCACCGCCCACGAUUUCGUUGCUCUACGCCAUCUAACCGAUCUAAAUCUGCUCGACGUGAAGGUGAGCAAUCCGUCGGUGUUUAUCAAAUUGCGUUCUCUGCGCAGCUUACAUCUUACGUCGCAUCAGAAUUUGGGCGAGAUUGUGGCACGCAUACCGGGCCUGCAAGAAUUACGUGUGCAUUGCGUCGAAACGAAUAUCGGCCCAGAGCUAUUAGCGAGGCUGGUGAAUAACACGAAAUUACAGUUGCUAGAGUUGUAUGGCGGGAAUGUGCAAACUAUAGCGCCGGAUGCGCUGACGGGAUUAGCGCGCAAUCAACAUUUGCUGGUGAAAAUCUCGCACACCAGAAUAUCUGACUUGCCGCCGGGCAUUUUUUACACACUGCGCGCCGUGCCACAACUGGCUAUCGACAUUUCAAACAACAAAAUCAAUGCGCUCGCGGCAGACAGCUUCUAUCCGAAUAAGACCUACUGGGAUACAGUGGGCACACGCAGCAUUAUGGGCGGACUGGAUACGUCACAAAAUCCGCUCGAGUGCGAGUGCGGGCUGGUGUGGUUCGGACACUGGCUGAGGCGGUGGUUACGUGAAUCAGCGCAAAUUAAAGUGAUACAAAAGGAUGAGAUGAAACGGAUGGUGCAGCGCGCGCGCUCCAACACUUGUCACGAUCCGACAACAGGUCGUCGCCUGCCCAUACUGGAGAUCUUCCCCGAAGACCUGCUGUGCCAAGCGAGCGCGCUCAGCAGUUCAAGUGAACGUCUGUUUCUGCUCUCAUUUGCGGCGAUUGUGCUGCCGCUCUUCACAAUGUCGCUUUGAUAAUUGGAAGCGUAGAGUAUAGCGUGAACGUAACUGUAAGACGAGCAGCGAAAGCACGGAGAGUAAAGCAGCAGACCGUGCAUGUAAAGUACUAAGUAGAAGCAGAGCACUGUAAGUGUGAUGUAGCUGUAAGUGUUGCCAUGUAAAAAUUAAGAAAGAAAAUAUUGAUUAUCCUUAAACAAAUUGGAGUGGUUCUUGCUUUAACUGUUGAACUGAGUGGAGAAGAAAUGUGUUGUUGGCUUGACGAAAUGUAAAUUAUUGUAAAUUUCCUAAAACAAUGUUAAUUUUAAUUAUGUAAUAGCAAAUGUAAAUCUGAUAUAGAUAUAAGUGAAGAGAUCAUAAAUGAAACAGUUUUUAAGCCGUCGUUAAAUUUAAAUUAAAUUCUUUUUAUAUAGGUUGAAUGAUAAAAAGCAUGAAAUACAUUUAUAGUUGAAAGCAAAGAUUUUAAGAAAUAUAAAAAAAAGUCGGCACAGUAUAGUGUUAACUGUAAGGCCAUUGAUUCCUAAAACAGUUACUUUCUACUAACAACUAAAUAUAUAAGACGAUGAUGAUAUGAUACAUAGCAAGAAAUAGAUUAUAGCA